AAAGAAAAGAAUGCUUGUGUCGGUUGUGGCCGAGUCCACACAUAUUCCAUUCCGAAACCCGCACGAACCACCCUACCGACAUUCGCCCCAAAAAUAUAAUCAUACAAAUUCAUUAACCUCAUAUACUAUUUCAUUUAUAUAUUGGACUAUAUAUUAAACUACUACAUAAAACACUGUCACCUUCAUUUAUUUAGCACCAACACAUAUCUAUGGGAAACUGCAUAUUCAAAACGCUUGGAGUGGUGGAGGACAUGGUCAAAGUGGUGACUCCCGACGGCGGCGUGAUGGAGCUCUACGCUCCGAUCACCGCUGAGUGCGUCACCAACGAAUUCCCCGGCCAUGCCAUAUUCGGCAGCCCCCGCCGCAGCUCCCCGCCUCUCUUCCACAGCGAGAGCCUCUGCGCGGGGCAGUACUACUAUCUCCUCCCCACGCAUAAAGGCAAGGAUCACGGAGGCGAUCGCGCGGCGGCGCCGUACCGGAUGUCGGUGGACAAUCAGGGGAAGCUGCGGCGGCUGUCCGAGCCUGAAGUGUUCCCCAAGUACAACAGCACCGGGGUGUGGAAAGUGAGGCUGGUCAUCGACACCGAUCAGCUGUCCGAGAUACUGUCGCAGGAGGCGCGUACGGAGGCGCUCAUCGAGAGCGUCAGGACGGCGGCUAAGUGCGCGGCGGCCGGAGUUCCAUCGGCAGCCAAUUCCGAACGCCAGAGUAGGACGAGUGCCACUGACAAUUGCAGAGACAUAUCUUUGUAAAUACUUUUAUUACAAGUUGAAUUAGCCCAUCACACACAAAAUUAUGUGUAUGAAUAUUUUAGUACUGCCACUUAAUCUUUAGCAAUAAUUGUCGUUAAUAUCAAGUUCAAGUGCCAAAAAAUAUUUACCGUAGCGA